UUCUUGAGUACACAUCUAAAAAUAAAAUGUUUAUGCAUUCAUGUUCUGCUUAUAUAUGGUGUUCCACUAUUGGAUGGAACAAUAUAUGCACUAUGAAAAUCCUUUGUUUUGUGGCUAGAUUUGAAAGGAAGGCCUAUAGUGGGAGUGGUUUUGAAGAUGUUAUGUAUAAUACUUAUAUAAGUUAAAUACUAACAUGGCCUGUCUGCAGGGUAACUUCUGGUGCAUUGGUUGGCAAAAUAGUGAGACUCAGUCCAGAGAUAACAAGAAUAUGAUUUUACUGGGUGAUUUGGCGCUUUCAAAUAAACUUGUCUUUUACAACCUUGAAGGUCAAGUUAUUGGGUGGACCGAGUACAACUGUUCUUCAAGCAUUAAAGUGAGGAAUGAGCGAACUGCCACGGUUCAUUUAGUUGGUUGCCACUAUAUUCCUACCAAUCGGGUGAUGAUGACCUUAUUUCUAAUUGCAGUUCUUCACAAGUUGAUUUAUUGAAAUGGAGCAAUUAAUAUAAAUAUAUAUAAUAUUGUUAUAGGCUGUGGCUUCAAUGACAAAAAAUGAUGAACUUAGCAAGGUCUUGGAGGAACCAUUGUAUGUUAGAGUUCAUCAAGCUCUUCAUAGCAGCAAUAGUGGACGAAAUACUAUGGAAGGGGAGGAUCUUACCUAAGUUACAAGCAUUCAUUCUGCUGAUGAUCUUGUACAAAGUAAACACGACAGCAGAGAAGAUAUACGCCGUCAGGAUAGAGCCAAUCAACAUACAAAUAAUUUCAAUACGAAUGAAAUUGUAGACGUAGAUAGAGAAGAGAUUGUAAA